AUGGCAUUUAUAAUCGAAAGAAGCAAAGAGAAUCUCGAAGGAAUUCAACGAAUUUCUGAAGUUUAUUCGAAAAGGGAAUCAAAACGCAUACUGAUUGGCCCAAACCAUAUGGUUAAAAGGCUUGCUCUUGCGAAAAAGAAAUUCACUCUGUUCCAACACACACAAUGGACGGAAUGGAAUCAGUGUUCAAGCCCAUGUAAUGGAGGAUUUACGAGUCGUAGUCGGCGGUGUUUUUCAUCCCAUUGUUUCAAUCAAACAACGCACGUUCGUCAGUAUCAAAUGUGCAAUGUCAAUCCUUGCAGAGAAAUCCGAAUUUACGGCGAUUGGACAAACUGGCUCACUACAGAAGCUGGUUUAACUGCGCGCUAUCAAGCAAGAUGUGAAGCAAAUGUGCCGAAUGGCAGUUUUCUUAAAGCAAGUUUGCGAAAAUCUAAAAAUAAAAUACAAGAAUGGUUAAACUGGGAAGAUUGGUCUAGCUGCAGUUCUACUUGUGGCUACGGAAUAAGAACUAGAUGGCGGAGAGUGGCGAAUUUAUAUCCAACAAAUGGCACUUUGUCGCAUGAAUCUCAAGUAUGCUCAGUGCCACCUUGUGAUGCAGAGAAACUCGUAGAAUGGACAGAUAUGAGAGGUUCACGAUGGCGCAUGUUAAAAUGUUCUGAAUAUCAAACGUGUUUUGAUUUGCUUGCUAAUGAGAAUUAUGAAGCAGGCAGGAUUCCCUUAAAAUUAGGUAAAAGAUAA